AUGCAUACGGAUUAUGCUGCUUACCUUCCCUCACAGGACUGUGAUUUAAAGAUAGUUAGAGCAACUGGUCAUGAGGAACAGAUUAAAAAACUUUCUAAUGUUAAAAUAAGAAUCGAGAAAAUGAUAUUAGGUAUGGAUUUUAUCAAUCAAUUAAAAUCCACGACCAUUUCGACCAAUGGUAUUUCACUAAAUGAUAAAUUUUUCCCUUACUUAGAAACCCCCAAUAAAACUGUAUCAGCUGCUAUUGAUCUCUUUCAUGUGGAUAAUUUAUGCUCUCGCUCUUUAAAUAAGAAACUUAUAAUUAAUAGUGUGGAUAUGACCUCUAUUUCUGCUCCUAUGUUAACUAAUGAAGAAGUCUUGGAUAAGAUUAAAGAAAAGUUCGGUGAUGACGAUCUAUAUAGUGUAUUUUCUAUGGAUAAAACGGAUAUCGGUUGCUGCUCCUCACACGUCCCUUACAUCAAAUUUGAUUUUGACAAAGUAAAACCAUUUCAUCCUUUUAAUUUUCCUGGUCGUCUAAUGGACCAAGCUGAAUCGACUAUUUUGGAUAUGAUUAAAUCCGAUACGCUUGAAGAAGCUCCAGCAAAACUCCUACAUAAUCUCAUUCCUGUAAAAAAGGAAGAUGGAUCUAUUAGACCAACUGUUGAUAUGCGUCGAAAUCAACUUGCAAUUCCUAAUGUUCGUUGGUACUACGAUGAUGCCAUUCUAAAAACUCUUGGAAGUUUGGAUGAUCAUAUUCUUAAUGUUAGAAAUGCUUUAGUUAAACUGAAAGAAGCAAAUCUUAAGAUCUGUUGGAAAAAGAGUGUACUAUGCAGUACUAGUAUCUCUUACUUAGGUCAUUCCAUCUCUAAACUUGGAUCUCAAAUCCCUGAAUCAGCCUGUAAGGCUAUUGAAAAAUUAAAAACUUCAUCUAAUACCUCAGAUGUGAAAUCCCUUUUAGGAUCAAUUUCUUUCUAUUGCAAUUAUAUUCCCGACUUUGCAAAUAAAUUAUCCCCUAUAACUAACCUCUUUAAGAAAAAUACCAAAUUUGUUUGGUCUCCAGAAUGUCAAAACAUUUUUGAGGAUUUACAAAGAGGUUUAUUCUCUAGAGAAAUCUUAUAUACAGAAAUUCUUGAUCAAUCUUUGGAGGUAUUUACAGACGCGAGUCAAACAGGGUUUGGUGGAUAUUUUGCUCAAACCGUUGAUGGUAAAAAGAGAAUUCUUAGAUAUUGGUCAAAGAAACGUGCCCAUUCAAUACGUCAAAGAGAUUCUGUUUUUCUUGAAGAAAUGGCAAUUAUUUUUAAAUCGCUAGACACCCAUCUCCAACUUUCGACUUGGGCCACGGAACUUUCUGUUCUUGAUAUAGAAUGGAUUUAUUUACCUGGUAAAUCUAAUAACCUUUCUGAUUCUCUGUCCCGAUUAAUAUCUGAAGAUGUAUCUUCCUUUGUCGAAGAAUCACAACCCUCGUUAGACAUUUCUUCAACUCCUUAUGCUUCUGUGUAUCAUGUAUCCCAAUUUCUUUCUUUAGAGGAGGAGAAUAAUUUUCAUGAAACUUUAAAAGGAAAAUUGAAAUUAGAACAGGAGAGAAAUAUUAUUAUCAUGAAAGACAACAUGAUCAAACUUAAUGGCAUAAUACAUUCAAAAAUUGAAACUCAUAUGGGAGAUAAAUUAGUUCCCGUUCUCCCUAAGUCCCUUUUUUCGAUGGUAGUGGAGCACUAUCAUAAUGUUCUGGGUCACCCUGGUAUCAAUAGAACAUAUCUCACCAUCAGGAAUAAUUUUGAAGCUCCUAAUAUUUUACAGUCCAUUGAAGAGUAUAUAUCAAAAUGUGAAGUAUGCCAAACAAGUAAGCCUUCGGACAUUUCUAUUCCUAAAUUUGAGCCCAUUCUUAUUCCAAAUAUUCCAUUCACGUCAAUCGCUGGAGAUAUCUGGCAAUACAUAUAUAUAAAAUACAUUUUCAGCAUUUUAAGUUUUAUUGACUUAACUUCUUGUCUAUGGUUACCUUUUAUCAUUAAUAACGAAACUAGUUAUUCUAUUGGAAAGUGCAUGAUUUCAGAAUUAUUCUGCAAAAUUGGAAUUCCAGAAAUUAUCAGAUUUGAUCAGCAAUCAUCCCUUCGCUUCUCUGGACUGUUGAGACUUCUAAAAUCUUUUAAUAUAAAAGUGAAGCAUAAUACGACUAAGCACCAUACAGGAAAUUCCCUAAUAGAAAGAUCAUUCAGAACUUUAAAACAACUGUUAAAGUCAUCUUACUUCGAGUAUUCGAGAAAUAAUAUAAAUCCCAUUUCUAAAACAGAAUUCAUCUCCCAAUACCUCAACCAAAUUGUCUUUAAAUAUAACUCUACGAUAUGUAUGUCUCUCAAAGAUACUCCUUUUAGGAUCUUUUCAACAGAGAAAGUAAUCUUGUUAAUUAUAAAGCUCCAAUGGACAUUGACAAUUUUAUUUCCUUUUAUGAUACUACAACCAUUUUUGGAAAAAUGGAACUCAUUUUCUGCUGAUGAUGUAAAAAUAAAAGAAGAAAGAAAUAUGAAACUCCCAAAUAAUUUUAACUUAAUUCCUGAAUACCAUAAAAACGAAUUAAUCCUUAUUAUGAAUAAUAAUCAGAAAACUAAAUUAGAACCUGCCUACGUAGGUCCUUAUAGUAUCAUCUACCAAAUUGGUUCACACAUUUUCGUAAAAUCAGAUUAUUCUAAAGGCCGAGCGAAAAAAGAUCCAUGUUUCUCAAGUAAAGAGGUUUCUUGA